AUGGACUGCUCGUCGCCACAUUCACGCGGCGACUCUUUGAAAGGUCAAGCACGGUGCCCGGAUGAUUCUUUUUUCCCAGAACGCCUUAGUGUUUACUUCUUACACCUCAAGAAUGAAAACCUACUGUCGCAUUUAGAUUCCGAAAUAGACGUUGCUAGUUUACGUCAAUUACUCCAAAAGAAUGUUCCCACGCCAAAAACCGCCCUCUCUUUUGCAAUGUGUGGAGCAUUUUUCUGCAAAGAGAAAGCAUCUGCCGCCAUGGCGAUGGAGUUGAUGUUGGUCCCGCUAGGCGCGAUUGAAAGAGGACACGCUAAGAAAGGAAAUUCACAGAAAAAACGCCGUCGCUUUCUGCACACGGCUUACUUCAAAGUCACCCGCGAAGCAAUGGUUAACAAUGAGACUAGUUUGGCAACGUUCUUACUCGAUGCUCUUGAGGCGUCUGUGAGAAUUUCUUUUGAGGGCCUUGCUGCUGUCGGUUUGCUGGCCGCAAUACCAUUAGAGUUGGAAUCAAAGCACCACUUUCGAGUUGUCAAAGCGGUUGUUGCGCUUUGUAUGAAGUCCCAUGUCUGCAUCACCAACCGUAUCCGCGAGUUGCCCGCUGCUCGUUUGAAAGGAGCUGGGGAGGGAUUUGCUCAUCCCGGCAUAUUCUUUGAGAUACAAAGGGCUUUGGCAAGGCAGCCAGAGGUCGCGCUGCCCGCUAUUUGUUCUUUGUUCCGGAUCUUCGAUGUGACAGUCUUAGCGACUGAAGCGAAAGUAUACUUCAGAGCCGUAGAGAAGGGCUUGAAAGGCAGCGACGAGAAAAUGCGAGCCAUUUGUGUUCAAUUUGCGGCAUCUCUUGGCCAUUGCAUUCACGACGAAAAGGUGUUUCGAAUCGGCAUUUCAUUGCUGUUGGAUUGCUUCAAAGUGUCGAAAUAUGCAUACCAGAAAAUUGCGAUCGUGCGAAGCUUGCGAGCGUAUGUGUCUUCUGCAGCUGAAGAUUUCUCCAUGAUAGGCGAUUCGGUGAUCAUCUCAACAACGCUAGAUCACAUGCAGCAACGGAUUUGCGAUCGGAAAGCGGUAAAUGAUGACAUUCAAUUCGCAAUCGUCUCAGAGAUGUCCAAGUUUGCUUGCUGGGCUAUGGUUCGCUGGCUUGGCCGCGGUCAGUGGCCAUCAUCUCUUCGAAGAUGUUCUACUAUAUUUGUCGACAUCCUUACCAAAGAAUGUUGGGGAGGGGCUAAGUCGGCUUUGCUGACUGGGUUGACGGGAUCGAAUCCAAUGCCAGCUCUGAUGUGGGAUUUGCUAGGAGAAACAGGUUUCUUAGCAGUACAAGCGAUAGUCAAUUCCCAUGGGAAAGCAAGCCGAGAAGACUGCUUGCGUUCAAUCACUCUCCUUGUCUGCAGCCCUAAAACUCGCACUUUAGAGGAUUUCGAUAAUCUCUGGAAUGCACUGCACAGACUGUUUGGUAGAGCGGCGGUCGAUUCGAAGGGUAUAUUUCACGAGGGAACGGCCGAUGAUGUGCGAUGUGCCCUGUUUUGUUGCAAGCGUCUCGUUGCUUUUGAUCGAUUUACUGAAUUCUCCAUAGCGACAACGUUUCGAUUCUGUCUACACAGAAAGGCAGAGCUGGCUAAACUGGCGAUCUUGCAAGUUCGAGAGCUCUUGGAACAGGGCGUCGAUGUGAAAAUGAUGUUUGCAGUGCUCUGGGGUACUCAGUUUGAAGGCGACUAUACAAGCGAUAAAAUUGCGGUCAGCGGUAACUUUGGAAACCGUGACGUGAUUGCUGAACGGAUUGGGAACAUUCUCUUGGCUGUGGCUAUGCCGGGAGUGCCGAGCGACAUCAUACCGGCAGUCGCCAUGGCUGCGAAUCACCCUAGGAUUUGCGCCAAGCAAGCUGCACCAGGUUGUCCUUCGCGCCUAUCAAGAUAUUGGGUAUCACUUGAGCGAAAUUUCGACUCACCAGACAACACCAGCUCUCGCGGCUGCAAUGGAGAUUGGUUAGACAGUUGCAUUACGCGGUUUAUUGGUCCCAGAGGACUAUUUAGUGAAGAUCCCGGCGCCUCAUCGGCAGCCUUCAAUGCAUUGCGAGCCCUUGCACAUACCCAUAAUCCGUACUCAAAUCGAGUCUUUCAGAGCUCUUUGAUGCGUGUGGAAGAGUUGUUUCUACACGCGGUUCGCGCUGUAACGACGGAGCGUGUGGAAGAGUCUGGCCGUGAAAAGUCUCAACAACUCUUGACUGAGGAUGAAUGCCUCAACCAACAAAGACAUGCUGCAGAAGCAUAUGUCAGUGCAAGGGGAAUGAGCAACACAGCUAGAAUCACAAGCAGAGAGGGUCUUCCUCACGUCCACUCAAACAUCACUAUCGAAAACAGAGAGCCCAGUUUGACUAAGAAGAAUAAUUCACACAGGCACAAGAGAGAAUUCCACAUACUCCUCGAGGUAAUCCAGAUGCUUGUCUUCGAGGCGCCAAAAAGUGCCCACGGAUCUAUAGGCAUGCUCCUCUCUCUAGUUGCUCCUCUAGGAAAGGUUGACGAACUAGAGGUACAGUGCAGGCGAGCGCUGCAUUCAAUAGUCAUGGUCUCAAGUCAACGCUUGAAAAGCUUUCGAACAGACAUUUGCACGUGCUUGUAUGGCCUGGGACGAGGGGUGGGAGUCGUUGACAGCGUGUCCAGGAUCAUUGUUGGGCUGAAACGGUGUGUUCCCCCUUUUCUUGAACAAGGAGAUUUUUCGCUCGUCAUGCCAAUUCUGCGUGAAACACUCCUUCGCGGCUUGAGGCCUUUGGGAGAUGCAUCUGGGGCCCGUAUGGCGGGAUCACGGCAAAAGCGAAGCGAGGGAGCUCUUGUGAAGGGCGCAAUUGAAAUUCUCCUCGAACAAAGCAAGCCAGAAGCCAUUGACUCAGCCAUCGUUGCAGUGGAGUCAGGUGCUGGGGCGUGGGCCAUCUCGGCUCUAGAGCGAGAAGAUGAAGCAUUUGUUUCGGCUGCUGAAGUAUUGGUGUGCAUGACAAGUUACUUUUUGACGCCGGGAACCGGUGAGCUUGCUCAAGUCUUGAGAGGGGCGUUGUCUGGAAAUGGAUCUGUUCGUGCUGCAACUCUAGCUUCUAUAGGGCACCUUCCUCAUUUUGCUUCCGAAGAAAUAAGAUGCCCACAUGACAGUGCCCUUGGACGUGUCUUAUGGUUGUCAUGUUUUGACACAGAAGACGAAAACGCAAGACUCUCUCAAGAGCUCUGGAAGCUGUACCGUCAUCCGCUGGAUGUUCUGGAUGACACUCUUUGCUUGCUGACUCUUCUCCAGGAUUCGGAGAGUGAUAUCCGAGCUAUGGCAGCCAAGGCCACAGCUGCUUCGCUCGAAACAUCUGGAGACGAGAACCUUCAAAGAGCCAUCAUUUCGAAGCUUUUCGAGAUGUACUUGCAUGCGAUGCCUGAGAAAACGGUUGGAAGUGAAGGGAACGGAAAGCGGAUGUCUAUUUCGGAAAUGAGAGAUCGGCGCUUUGAUGGCAGGUACUCUCGCGACAGCAUGUGGGUGACGAGGGAAGGCGUUGCACUUACCAUUAAGGCAAUGUCGGGGAAUGGUUUAUUGGUGACGGCAGAGUGUUGCGACUGCUUCGAAUUCCUCUUGGACUCAGGACUCUUAGAUCCAAAUGAGAAGGUACAGGCUGUGAUGAAAACUGCCGCUUCUGCACUUGCUCGAGCUUCUAGAAGUGACGGGCCUUCAUUCUUGAUACCCUUAAUUGAAUUGCGCCUUAACCAAGCAAUCCCAUCAUAUGCGUCGGAAGAAGACUUAAGACUAGCAGAUGGUCGACAAGAGUGUCUGAUUUCAUGCUUGGCAGAUGUCGCUCAAUUUCUUUCUCCAAGUGACUCACGCAUUUCACUCAUAGCGCAACAGAUGAUGAAGAGCGCUGUGGCAACUCCGUCGGAGCUUGUGCAAAACGCGUCUGGACGAUGUUUGGUUCCUCUGGCGAAGGCCUGGCUUUGUAGUUGUGACCCCAAUUCAAUUCUUGACCCGCUUAUGUCUCGCAUCUGGGACGAGGAGGUGAGCUAUGGGGUGAGACGGGGCGCUUCUUGCGCUCUAGCAGGUGUUUGCCAUGGUAUGGGUUUGAAUUUUAUGAAGCGAAUGCGGACGAUGUCGAGAAUAAAAGACGCUGUCUCCAGUAAGUCUCCGCAUCGACGGCAAACUGGAUUGAUACUGGUUGAGACACAUGCGCUAAUAAUGGGAAGGAAAUUUGAACCGUUUAUAGUGGCCACAAUACCAUUGCUAUUGUCUUGCAUGGGAGAUUCUCUGUCGGAAGUGCGAAACGCGUGCUGGGCAGCUGCAAGAGCGUCAAUGGCUGAAGCUUCAUCACAUGGCGUUUCCAUGAUUCUUCCAUCCUUAGUCACUGGCUUGAGGGGUAAGCAAUGGAGAACAAAGGCCGGCAGCGCACAGCUUCUUGGAGCUAUGGCGUUCUGCGCACCGAGGCAACUGUCGCAGUGCCUACCGGAGAUAGUCCCUAUACUGACAAAUGCACUCACCGAUGUCCAUCCACGAGUAAUACAGUCCUCUGAGUCGGCAUUGAGUCGUGUGGCAGCUGUCAUUAAGAAUCCAGAGAUUCGAAAUUUGUCUCCGUUCUUGCUUGCUGCCCUCCGAGACCCUACGGUGAAAACGAAAGGUGCUAUUGACGGGAUUCUCAGUUCAGAAUUCAUGCACACAAUUGACACUGCUUCUCUUGCCUUGCUGGUUCCUCUUUUGCAUCGUGCGCUGCGCGAUCGUUCCUCAGAUUUGAAAAAGAAAUCAGCAGCAAUAAUCGGUUCGAUUUGCGGCAAUGUCUCAGACCCAGGAGAUGUUUUUCCAUACUUGGACAUGUUGCUCCGGGCACUAAGGAUGAAUCUGUUUGACGCUAUACCGGAGGUACGUCUUAUGUCUGCUCAAGCAAUAGGAGCAUUGGCAGCGUCAUUUGGGGAAGAGAGCCUAGACGGACUUGUGCAGUGGCUACUCAGUGAGCUUUUAGAAGGAACUGUGCCUUCGUCCCUGUCGCAAAACGCUGGCGAUCGUGGAAAAGGAGUGACUUCCAGUGUUGAGAGAUCGGGUGCUGCAAUGGGUCUUGCCGAAAUAACGACGUCUCUCCCUGAACAAAGGCUUCGUGAUAUCCUGUCCAAGAUAAAGAUUUCUGGGGAGAUUUCGACAGAAGCAAGGGAAGGCGGAUUGCUUUUCAUUGCAUCUGUUCCCCAAGUGCUCGGUGAGAGAUUCGAGAACGAAAUGACCACGGUUCUUGAUAUGGUUCUCAAGGGAUUGGCGGACGAUGCAGACAGCGUAAGGGAUGCUGCCUUGAAGGCUGGCAGAAGUCUGGUUACAGCCUACGCAAUCUCUUCUCGCAAAACACUUCUGGGCAGUCUCCUUUCUGCGAUGCGGGACAACGCAUGGCGGAUCCGCCUAGCCGGUACCCAAUUGCUCGGGAAUAUGCUUCUUGUGAUAGCAGAGUGCAGCCCACAACACUUCAGUGUAUGUAAAAUCCCAGGUGCAACUGGAUACGGAAACGAUGUUAAAGGAAUUGUGGAAAUUGUGUCUGAUCUUGAUGUGCCUGAAAAAAAGACGGAUGAGGACCAGAAAAGCGCUCUCUUUGAUUCCCCAGAAGACGCUGCAGCCGCCCUCACGGCAGAUGUUGCCAUGACAAGAAUUUCGCUUGUUCUUGAGAGUACGGAGCUGGAGGAAUUGCUUGCUGCGCUGUACAUUGUCAAAUGUGACACCAGUAUUUACGUUCGACAGGCGGGAGUGCAUGUAUGGAAGACAAUAGUUUCCAAUUCGCCUCGAACAUUGCGCGACGUAAUGCCAGCCGCAAUCCACCAAAUUGUUAAUGGCCUUGCAAAUGAUGACGAAGAGAGCAGGGUGUCUGCAGGGAGAGCGUUGGGAGAUCUUGCCCAGAAGCUUGGUGAAAGAGUCGUGCCCGCUGUGCUCCCCAUUCUCAAAACUGGUCUCAAGGACAAUGCGCUUUCGGAGAGGCAACGGCACGGUGCGUGUGAAGGUGUGCGGGAGUUGGUCCGCUCCAGUCCGAAGCUACAGUUGCAGGAAUACGCCGAAGAUUUGAUAGGCUCUGUUUGUGACGGACUUCGCAGUGAGCUACAAAGUGUUAGAGAAACUGCUGGAAGUAUAUUUUCAUCACUACUAAGACCCCUGGGCAACGCUAUCAUUGACGAUGUCAUCCCCGGGCUGAUUGAAGAAGCGGCAGAUGACGAGACAAGCUCUGACGUGGCCCUUGAUGCACUCUCACAUAUGUUACUAAGAAAUGGACAUCAACUCAUGCCCUGUAUUGUUUCUUGCGCAACUCUGCAAGCUUCUUUAACAGCAAAACAAGCACGAGUACUAACUGUCGCCGCAACAGUUGCCCCGGCAGACUUCAAAGGGUAUGUUGCAGGUGUCACUAGUUGCCUGGUUGAUUCUAUUGAGUCAUCGCCUGGUCUGGCGAAUCACGUUUCCGUGUUGAGACUGAUGAGUGCAUUGAUCUCAUGUUGUGAGAGUGCGUCCAGCAUCACCUGUGAUGAAAUACUCUUGCGAUACAACGAAACUUAUGAAGGACCUCGAAUUGCUGCCGGCCAGGCUUGUAUUAUGUUGUGUAGAAGUGGUAGUGCAGAGCAGCUUUCCAGGAUUGCAGGAAAGCUUCUGGAUACGCUCAUUCGACAGCUUGCGGACUCUUUUGAUUUGGUUACGAGAGGAGCUUCUCAAGCCUUGUCGGAUCUAUGUUCGGUCGUACCUAGCGCAACGCUGGUAGCGCACAUCCCAGUCAUGAGACGCUCGCUAAGAGCAGUCCGUGAUCAGCAAAAAUCGAAUGGAAUCCGUGGCUGCGCUUUGGACAAUCGGUUUGCAGAAGCAUGUGGCCUGUUCUUUUCAGUAUUUUCCAACGCAGUAAUAAGGGGGGAGGUGGCGCUGCAGGAACAAGCUGCCCUGGCAAUAGGGGAGUUGCUGGUAAUGACUGAAUUGGAUGUGGUGAGGUCCUUGGCCCUUCGACUUUGUGGACCUUUGAUCCGUGCGAUGUCCGAUCGAAUACCAUGGCAAGUGAAAGUCGCGUUGCUCACGGAUCUCACAAUCUUGCUGAGGAUAGCUCCGUCGAAGUUGCGAACUUUUUCUCCGCAGCUACAAAAUAUGUUCUUGAAGAGCCUUAACGAAAGCAGCCCGUUGUUGCGAGGAAAGGCUUGCUUAGCAUUUGGUGCACUUGCUCCUGUUGUGUUAAGAAUAGAUGCGCUGUUGCAAGAAUUGAUAUCGGUGGGCAUCGGUGGAUUAUCCCCGAGGUUACAGAAGGCUGCGUUGGAGUCGUUUUGUCAAGUGUUGGACAACUGCGCACGAAGCCCUGGUGCUCUUGUGAAGAAAGCGCAAGGCCUGCUGACCGGGUUAUCUGAUGCCAGUCCUGAAGUGAGACAUACGACAGGACUGGCUUUGGCGGCUGUAUGCAGAUGCGACGAGGAAGAAGAAUACAUGAUCAUAGUCAAGUUGGUCCUAGCGAAAUUAGAACACGGAAAAGAGCUGGAACAAGCGGCGGCAUUUCAUGCUCUCGGGGCCAUACUGUCAACGAGACAGUGUGCCGAUGAUGUUGAGAAACAUGAGUUGACGAGAGUUGUACGAAUCUUAUGUUUUGGGCUGAAGCACAAUUGUUCAGCUGUGCAGUCAGCCGCGUGUGGGGCUGGUGCAAGACUUAUCAGCGCUCUCAGUUUUGAGAAGCGAAAGCUGAAACUGAAUGGACCCAAGGCAGACAUGGGUCGACUUAUUCUGCGAGAGAUUUGUGCAGUGGCGGAAAGUGCAAAGGAAGCUGGUGUUCGACAGAUGGCUGUAAGAGCGUUAGAGAGCUGUGUAGUCCAGAACAAGUUUGCGCUGGGUGUCUGCGUUGAAAGUAUUGUGCGAUGCAUGCAUGAUCCAUGCAUGGCGGUAAGGACAGAGGCCGAAAAAGUUGCACGACAAUCAAUCUUGCUACAAAGUCCAAUACCAGUAGACGCUGAAGUCGGUGCGCAGCUGUUUGUGGAAUUACUGAGUCCGGAGGAUUUUGCAUUUGUUGCACAACGCAUACCGGAGCUCAAAAUGCUGACGGGGAAAGGAAUGUGAACCACACCUGGCAGGCGAGUGUGGGGGGGUUCUGCUGCUGAAUUACUGUACACAACAAAAAUCAGAAUCAUGUUUUAGGCGGGUAGGGCACUGGAUCCUGCUCACAUUCCUCAGAUUUCACAGAUUUCAAGUGUACGGUGCCCCCCGUUGAAAUGACAGUUUGCGGUGCGGCAAAGAGCCCUUGCUCCUAUACGAAGCUUCACUGUGCAAAAAGGCAGGAGCGCACUUAAAUCAUAAACUCGUCUUUUUUGACGAUGAAACCAAAAACCAAAAGAUGAAAUAUGCAA